UCUCGCAUCGGAAGCGGUUGCUAGGAUCUUUAGGCAGCGAUCAGUCUUGACUUGUGUAACGUAGUGUGCAGUGUGUGACUUGCUUGUAGUGGUGUACUACCUCAGCACUUGUGCAGUGUAAACAACAGUCAAGUGAUUCAGUUGACGCUCAGUGGAUGUGUUAUUACAACAAAGUAUGUAGUUGAAACUGGAAAAUCUAUAAUUAGAUACCUGAUAUUUCGGAAACUCUCAAGUGAUAUUGCCCGCAGUUUAUAUCGAAUUAUGUGUGAACAUUUUUCAGUUUGAGUUUAGACUUCCAUGAAGUGGAGUUGGUUUUGUUCAAAUGAUAUUGGAAUCUAACUUUUAUCGUUCAAACUCCACUCCAGUCGAGGAUAACACAAUUACCGAGGAUAUUAAUAUUGGCUACUGAACUGACAAUGGCGGAGAAGGAUGAAGAGCUGUGCGUCAACUGGAGUAUGCACCAGGAUGUCUUAGCUUCAAAAGUUGGCGAGUUCCUGGAAUGCAAGCAGUUCCACGACGUGUCGCUCUACUGCACUGAAGACAACGAAAUGAUCCCUGCUCAUAAGCUGGUGCUCUCAAGCUGCAGCGACUUCUUCAAGAAUUUGUUCGAUAGAGUCCAGGAGACGAACGCGGUAGUCGUAGUCAAAGACGUGCGGCAUAAGACGCUGCAGCAGAUCUUAAGAUUCAUGUAUGUAGGCACGGUUGUUGUAACCGCAACUGAUGUGCCAGAGUUCAUGAAAGCAGCUAAACAAUUCAAAGUUACUGGACUGGACGUGGAUAAAAACGGCGUGGCAGCAUUGACAUCCAAGAUCGAAGACGUUCAGGGGAAAGAACUAGAUUUGUCAAGGAAUCGAACCACCGGUGCAUUUCCUAGUACGACUUCGUCCGAUUCCAUCAUUACUGAAGAUACCAACACCAUCACGCCAAACUUUAUGGUACCUGGACAACCGGCUCUGAACCCUUCCAUGAUCAACCAUGCACACUUGUCACCUUUCGACAGCCAUAUUCUGAACACUGCCUUGGCGUUCCGUACAGGCUCGCAAUUCUUGUCGAAUCGCCUUGCCACUCCCUCACAUCUCGCCCACAAUGCAAACCUCUCUCGCCAAUCUCACCUAAAGUCCAUACCCGUAGACGCGUCAAAGCAGCUGCAGUCAGAGAAGGUUUUAAGAGAUCCUGCCGUUAUCAAUCGGCGAUAUUCGAAUUCUCCUGAAGACUCUCUCCACAGUAACGCUAGUCUCGAUCUGACGAAAGCAACUUCUUCGAUCAGUCCUUUGAACCGCAUCGGUGCGGUGACCAACCCUCUAAACUCUUUAGCCUCAGUUGGACAAGCUACUGGCAGCCCAAAUAUCAACCCGGUAUCAGCCGCCGUUUUAGCAUCUCAAAUUCAACAUUACUCGCAAUUUUCGCCUCAAAUUAGAGUAUCUCAGUCUCUACUGAACAAACGGUCGCGAAGUAAGUCACCCGAAACAAAUGAUUCAAAGUUACUUCACAACGACGGCACAGACGACGAUCGUUCGCCGCACCGAUUCAACGAUCACCAAGAGAACAGCAGCCCUCGCAACUCUGAACAGUCGGGAAAGCAGAACAGCAGUGCGGGUGCCAGCGAACACUACAGCGACGAUGAGAGUGGAACAGAAACAAAGUACAACGAGAAUUUGGGAUACCGAGCACCCGGCAACGGCAGGGCGAGAUCGGUGUCGCCUGGGCCUUCUACUUCGACACCCAAAGUCACCGAGUCAUUUAUGCAGAGCUUCAUUGCAGGCUACCCGCGAAUGCCCUGGAACUACAGCACCGCAGGCGACGACAUCAAGACCGCGUCUGACAACACCGGCACCUCAGAAAUCCUGGCCGCUCUCAUCAAUGCCAAAAAUGUGGCUGAAUUCAACCCUGCCCUCUUAGUGCGACAGGCUAACGCAUUCCCCAAUAUUGCCACGACAUUCCCCCAGUUGGUCAAUCUUCCGCAGACGUUGGCCAGCUUCCAGUCGUCGUUGACUAACAGUGUCCUGACGAGCCACCCUAAGUCAGGCAUUGCUCUCAAUAGCCAGAUCCCUACUCAGAUGAUGGCGUUGAUGGCUGAACAGGAACGCUUGCGCCUAGAGGAAAAGCGAAUGACCGAAGAAAGGAUCGGAAACAAGAAGCGGAGGCUCCAAUCUUCCACAAGUGCCAGGUUUGAGUGUGACGUGUGUCAACGAUCUUACGCUUCUCAUGGAAACUUGAAGCGACACAAGAAGUACGAGUGUGGACAGCCCCCAACUUUUGCCUGUCCAGUUUGCGAUUGCAUGUUCCAGCACCGACACAGUAUGAAAAUUCACUACAAGGGUUCUCACAAAGAAGAGUACGCCAAAUAUGGAUUUUCAAUGGUGGACAAUGUCAGCGCAAACAACACCAACAUACAGCUAACAAAACUGCAAUGCCAUUCUCCUAGCUCAAGCCCUCCACUGCGAAUAGUUGAUGAUGUGCCACCGUAUCAGCCCAAUCCCAAUGUGCCACCGUAUCAGGAGCCUUCGAGUCUUCUUGACAUCAAACGAGAGAGCUUGAGGACCAUCGCUGAUGAUGUGCCACCUUAUCAGCCCAUGCCGCCUCAGGAGCCUUCGAGUCUUCUUGACAUCAAACGAGAGAGCUUGAGGACCAUCGCAACUGCUGAAGUCUCAGUGUCAUCUUUGCCGCAAAAAGAUUUGGACAAUCAGUUUUUGGCGGUCCAGCGUGCUCCGCCAUCACAGAGUAGCAAUACCGAUAAUGUUUAGAUUAGAUCAGUAUACCGAAAGUGAAUGAUUCAUUUUUUUCACAUUCACAGUUGAUGAUAUGUGGGAACGCGUUUUCUUGCUUUCAUAUUAGGAGUGAAUCUUCUUGUAAUUAAUGUAUUUAAUUCUUAUCCAAUGCAUACACGCUAAACGUUACAACAAGGAAUUUGUAGCGAGGGCAAGUGAUUGUUGUUAAUGGUCUCAGUUGCUGACAACUGCCCUCAAUUACGGAAAAUUUUAAGUUAGAUACAUUUUUUACAGCUUCAGUUUUAGAGCUCUGUUGAUCCAAAUGAAGCAAACUUGAGCAAUGUCCAGGACCUCAUCCUAACGUGUGAAAGUUGCAUUCUUUUAAGUUAUUUACCAGGCUGUGUGAUAAGCUAAGGUGCUCACGUACAUAGUCAUUGACGGUUCCUUUAUCCUUCGUUGCCUCACUAACGCUUAAUUUUCAACAGUCGUCUCUACAUUGUAAGGUUUAUACUAUUAAGUUAUGUAUCUUGGAUGAUCUCGUGGAAUGUUGAAUCAAUGAACAUAUAUUUAGAUCCUAUCACGACAAAUAACAAAGGUUGAGCACCAGCUUGAAGUGGUGAAUUCACUGCAACGUUUUUUCGUCCCAAUGGUAGUUAGGUCGCGCGUCUAACUACCAUCAAUUCAGUUCAUCGCGCCAUUUGAUGUGUAGGUCGCUCAUUUUGGUAUCGCUCCUUAUCUUCACAAAUUCACUUGUUCUUUAAAUUUUGAAGAAGCAUUUUAGAAUUAGGAAUAAGUUUCUUCUUUCUUUCUUGUUCAAGUUUUUCCGUUGGUCGUUGAAAGCCAAUUGUUAUCUUACCUCCACCCUCGCCUGCCAUUUCUAUCUCCGAGUAUUUACGUUCUUGUCUACUAAAAACCUUAAAUUAACUUGAGACAAAUAUAUUUAAAGGACCAAAAUGAGUAAAGUAUAAGGGCCAAAAUUAUUUGGUCUGCCCAAUACCAGAUGCCUGUACUUGUGUACAAAUCUCUAAGACAUUGUAUCAUUUGUUUGAGGAAUGCUUCGAGUGGGAGCGUUUCAUUUACUCAUUGGGCAUAACCGUGUGCAAACCAACUAGCCUCGAGUUCUUGAUUUGAGGUGUAAAAUAGGAAUUAGUCAUGCGGCUGCUUAAUUAACAAACGAUGAGCAUUAUGCUAAGUCUAACUUGAUUCUCGAGCAACUGUCUCAGGGAGUGAUGUACUUUCUUCAAGUAGUGCGCGACGAAGGGUGUUUGGUGAAUUAUUAUUAACCUCUUUACCUACGUGUAAAAAUUGUAUGAACGUGUAACUAACGUGUACCUUUCUAUAAGUACAAUGACAUGCUCAUAUUCAGAGUUCCUAUAAAUUAAAGUCUAUAUCGUGUUAAGGUUGUAGACUCGUGUGUAAUGUUAGUGAAUAAGGAUUUACAUUAUUGACAAGGUGGUGUAAGUAACAAGUUAAUCAUUGCAGCCGUGACAUCACUGAAUUUAUUCUGAAGUCUCUUGUUCGUCGAUGGUUAAUUAAAACCGUGCUUAUCUGUUAAUGCUGAGAUUUUGGAUGAGUAAUUUGCUGGACUCGCUAUUAUCGUAGUCGAAUCCGUUGCUCAAUUUUUUAACGUAACUUUUUUGAAGAGUUUAAAAUUUUAUAAUUUUAUAUACUCUGACAAUUAUUGAAAUUGGGCGUCAUGCUUCGUAAUUUUUGCCACGAAUCCGGCUUGAUUUGAAGGAUACCAUCAAAUAUUGCGAUACUGUACAUGUUUUUAAUCAAAAUCAUCUUGCGUUGUCCAGUGAAGAGAUCUCAGUUCUGCACAGAGCGUCAUGUUAUUCUGUUGAUACGUGUUCGUAGGUUGUGUUUUAUGGUAAUAUAUAAAGUUUUGUG